AUGGGAAACGUCGCGUCUAAAUCCAACCAACCACCGUUACCUGAUAACGAUGGUCCCCCGUGUGCGAGCGGGAAAGAGUUCAUGAAGAAUUCCUCUUCCUCCUCGGAGUGUCCGAUACCGGAGGAAGUGCGCAACAAUUCCAAAUUCGGCGUCUACAACGUGUACAAUCAAAGAGUGGACGACAACCCUUCCGCGUCGUCUUCUUCGAAUACGAACGUAAGGAGUGGUUCUUCCUCCGAAGGGAAAGGUGGAUUUCGGUUUCUGGGUCGCUUGGACCCGAGGAAUAACAUGCCCUCGGAGGCGAACCAGAAACGAGCGCCUGGGCAGAAAGUCGCCCUGAGCACGGACAGAGAAGCGUCCAAGAUACCUAAAUCGGGCGGCAGAGAAAGUGGUAGUACAACGUGGCAAUAUCCGUCCGCGCAGAUGUUUUAUAACGCGCUGGUGAGGAAAGGGAAAGCGGAGGAUGUGGACGAAAACGACGUGGCGACGGUGGUGUCCGUGCACAACGCGAUGAACGAAGACACGUGGGACCGCGUCGUGACGUGGGAGAAGUUACAUCCGAGAGCGAACGAGGACGACGGGCCGAAGUUGGUUCGGUUUCGAGGCAGGCCUGACGAUUUGUCGCCGUUAGCGUGGGCGAGGUAUUUGAUGGGCGGGGGGAAGCCGUUCGAUAGGCACGAUUGGUGGAUUGAAAGAGGAGACGAGGAAGUUAGGUACGUGAUUGAUUAUUAUUUUAAGGAGGACAAGGCGGGAACGUCUGAACAGUUCGAGUUGGUGGUGAGACCGGCGUUAGAUUCAGUCGAAGGCGCGGUGGAUAGAGCAAAGAUGUUCACGUACGUAAAUUGUGCGAGAUUUGGGGUACCGUGUCCGAUAACCGGGAGCGCGAGCGUGAUUGGAGAAGAGCAAAAGCGGUAG